GGUAGCCGCGGGCGGGCCCGCCCAGCUGUCAGUUACGGGGGCGGCCCGGCAGGCGGGCGGGCGCUCSCCGGCUACCUCGCGUCGCUCGCUUGCUCGCGCUCGCUCCCUCUCGUCGCCUGUGGGGAAGUCGGGGCAGCCUGAGCGGCCGCAGCCACCAUCUCGCCCCGAUCUUCUCCCUUGUCCCCUCCCGGUCCGAGUGCCCCCGAGUAGUGAGUAGCCCGCGUAGGGUUCGGAGAGUCACYGCGGCGGCGCCGGGUGGUGUUAAAACCAUGUUAAGGAGGAUUUUGCAGAGGACUCCUGGGAGAGUUGGCUCUCAAGGUUCUGAUUUAGAUUCAUCAGCAACUCCUAUAAACACAGUGGAUGUCAAUAAUGAAAGCUCUUCAGAGGGCUUCAUAUGUCCCCAGUGUAUGAAAUCUCUUGGAUCGGCUGAUGAACUUUUCGAACACUAUCAGGCAGUUCAUGAUGCUGGUAAUGACGCAAGUCAUGGAGGAGAGGCCAAUCUUGCUUUGAAGCGAGAUGAUAUAACACUACUGAGACAAGAGGUCCAAGAUCUACAGGCUUCACUUAAGGAAGAAAAAUGGUACUCAGAAGAAUUAAAAAAAGAAUUAGAAAAAUAUCAAGGACUUCAACAGCAAGAGGCUAAACCUGAUGGAUUGGUGGCUGAUUCAUCAGCAGAACUACAGUCUUUGGAACAACAAUUAGAAGAGGCUCAAACAGAAAAUUUUAAUAUUAAGCAAAUGAAAGAUUUAUUUGAACAGAAAGCAGCCCAACUUGCAACUGAAAUUGCAGAUAUAAAGUCAAAAUAUGAUGAGGAAAGGAGCCUUCGAGAGGCUGCAGAACAAAAAGUAACACUUUUGACAGAAGAAUUAAACAAAGAGGCAACUGCAAUUCAAGAUCUGAAGACUGAACUGCUUCAGAGACCUGGUAUAGAAGAUGUUGCUGUGCUAAAGAAAGAAUUGGUCCAAGUUCAAACGCUAAUGGAUAAUAUGACCUUGGAGCGUGAGAGAGAAUCUGAAAAACUCAAAGAUGAGUGCAAAAAGUUACAAGUAGAAUAUGCUAACUCAGAGGCUACAAUAAGCCAGUUAAGGAGUGAACUUGCCAAAGGUCCCCAGGAAGUUGCUGUAUAUGUGCAGGAAUUACAAAACCUUAAAGGUUCAGUUCAUGAGUUAACACAAAAAAACCAGAACUUGUCUGAAAAGUUGCUGAAGAAGGAAUUGGAUUACACCCAGUUAGAGGAGAAAUAUAAUGARGAAUCUGUGAGUAAAAAGAAUAUACAGGCAACCCUUCAUCAAAAAGACCUAGAUUGUCAACAGCUUCAGUCAAGGUUAUCUGCAUCUGAAACCUCACUGCAGAGGAUACAGGCAGAACUAAGUGAAAAAGGAGAGGCAACCCACAAGCUCAAAGAAGAAUUAUCUGAAGUAGAGACUAAGUACCAGCAUCUUAAGGCAGAGUUGAAACAGCUACAGCAACAGAGAGAAGAAAAGGAGCAGCAUGGGUUACAACUCCAAAGUGAAAUUAAUCAAUUACACAGCAAACUUCUGGAAACUGAGCGCCAACUUGGAGAAGCUCAUGGUAGGCUGAAGGAGCAGAGACAGCUUUCCAGUGAAAAGUUGAUGGAUAGAGAACAACAAGUGGCUGACUUACAGCUCAAACUUUCUCGUUUAGAAGAAGAGUUGAAGGAAAAAGUAACAAAUUCCACAGAAUUGCAACAUCAGUUAGAUAAAACCAAGCAACAGCAUCAAGAACAACAAGCUCUUCAGCAAAGCACUACAGCAAAACUUCGAGAAGCUCAGAAUGAUUUGGAACAAGUCCUACGUCAAAUUGGUGAUAAGGACCAAAAGAUACAGAACCUUGAAGCCUUAUUGCAGAAGAGUAAAGAAAAUAUUUCAUUACUAGAAAAGGAAAGAGAAGAUCUUUAUGCAAAAAUUCAGGCUGGGGAAGGAGAGACUGCUGUUCUUCACCAGUUGCAAGAAAAAAACCAUAUGUUACAGGAGCAAGUAACUCAACUGACAGAGAAGCUAAAGAAUCAGUCGGAAAGUCAUAAACAAGCCCAGGAGAAUUUACAUGACCAGGUACAAGAGCAGAAGGCACAUCUUAGAGCUGCACAAGACCGUGUCCUCUCUCUAGAAACCAGUGUCAAUGAAUUAAAUAGCCAAUUAAAUGAAAGCAAGGAGAAGGUCUCCCAGCUUGACAUACAGAUUAAAGCCAAAACUGAAUUAUUGCUAUCAGCAGAAGCAGCAAAAACUGCUCAAAGAGCCGAUCUUCAGAAUCAUUUGGACACAGCUCAGAAUGCAUUACAAGAUAAACAGCAGGAGUUGAAUAAGAUCACCUCUCAGUUGGAUCAGGCCACUAUAAAGUUACAGGAUAAGCAAGAACACUGCAUUCAGCUGGAAAGUCAUCUUAAAGAAUAUAAAGAGAAACAUCUCUCUUUAGAACAAAAAAUUGAAGAGCUAGAAGGCCAAAUUAAGAAACUAGAAGCUGAUACUCUUGAUGUUAAAGCAAGCAAGGAGCAAGCUUUGCAUGAUCUUCAACAGCAAAGGCAGCUGAACACAGAUUUGGAGCUUAGAAUUACAGAAUUGAGUAAACAACUUGAAGCAGAGAAAGAAAUUGUAUCCACUACAAAAUUGGAUCUACAGAAAAAAUCUGAAGCCCUUGAAAAUAUUAAGCAAAUGAUUACCAAGAAGGAAGAAGAAAAAAUGAUCCUGAAACAAGAAAUUGAAAAGUUAAAUCAAGAUGCAAAGAUGCAGCACAAGGAAUUGAAUAACAGAAUUCAAGCAACAGUAACAGAAUUGAAAGAAGUGAAGAUGGAGAAAGAAACUCUAAUGACAGAGCUUUCUACAGUGAAAGAGAAAUUAUCAAAAGUUUCUGAUUCUUUGAAAAACUCCAAAAGUGAAUUUGAAAAGGAAAAUCAGAAAGGAAAAGCUGCCAUAUUAGAUUUGGAAAAAACUUGCAAAGAAUUAAAACAUCAACUUCAAGUACAAACAGAAAGCACACUAAAGGAACAAAAUGAAUUGAAAAAAUCACUUGAAAAGGAGAAGGAGACUUCUCAUCAAUUGAAAUUGGAACUCAAUUCUACUAAGGGAGAAGUCAUACAGGCCCAAAAUACUUUAAAACAAAAGGAAAAAGAGGAGCAGCAGCUUCAGGGGAACAUAAAYGAACUAAAGCAAUCAACUGAACAAAAGAAAAAGCAAAUUGAAGCACUUCAAGGAGAAGUUAAAAUUGCUCAUUCACAGAAGACAGAGCUUGAGAAUAAACUACAGCAGCAGUCAGCACAGGCAGCCCAGGAACUUGCAGCAGAGAAAGAGAAAAUAUCAGUGUUACAGAACACCUAUGAAAAAUGUCAAGAAAAUCUAAAACAACUUCAAUCUGAUUUCUAUGGGAAGGAAUCUGAACUUCUGGCCACAAGACAAGAUCUUAAGUCUGUAGAAGAGAAGCUUUCUCUAGCACAGGAGGACUUGAUAUCAAACAGAAAUCAAAUUGGAAACCAAARUAAAUUGAUUCAAGAAUUGAAGACUGCCAAAGCUGCUUUGGAACAGGAUUCAGCAAAGAAAGAACAGCAAUUGAAGGAGCAAUGUAAAACACUCCAAGAUACUCAAAAAGAAAAGUCAAUAAAAGAAAAAGAACUAGCAAAUGAAAAAUCUAAAUUGGCAGAGAUAGAGGAAAUUAAGUGUAGACAAGAAAAAGAAAUCACCAAGCUGAGUGAAGAACUCAAGUCCCACAAACAAGAAAGCAUAAAGGAGGUAUCCAAUCUCAAGGAUGCCAAACAACUUUUAAUUCAGCAGAAAUUAGAACUUCAAGGAAAAGUAGACUCAUUAAAGGCAACUCUUGAACAGGAGAAGAGAAACCUGCAGAUACUAACAGAGCAGGUGAAAAAGGAAGAAGAUGAGCUGAAGAAAGAAUUUGUUGAGAAAGAAGCUAAACUGCAUUCUGAAAUAAAAGAAAAGGAAGUAGGAAUGAAGAAACAUGAAGAAAAUGAGGCUAAACUUACCAUGCAGAUUACAGCAUUGAAUGAGAAUUUGGGCACUGUAAAGAAGGAGUGGCAGUCUAGUCAACGGAGAGUUAGUGAGCUGGAGAAACAGACUGACGACUUACGUGGUGAGAUUGCAGUCUUAGAAGCCACGGUUCAGAAUAAUCAAGAYGAAAGGAGAGCACUGCUAGAAAGAUGUCUUAAAGGAGAAGGUGAAAUAGAAAAGCUUCAGACCAAAGUCCUAGAAUUGCAAAGAAAGCUGGAUAAUACAACUGCAGCAGUGCAGGAGCUGGGUAGAGAAAACCAGUCCCUUCAGAUCAAACAUACACAAGCGUUGAAUAGAAAGUGGGCUGAGGACAACGAAGUACAGAACUGUAUGGCCUGUGGGAAAGGCUUCUCGGUCACAGUGAGACGGCAUCACUGUCGUCAGUGUGGAAAUAUCUUCUGUGCUGAAUGUUCAGCCAAAAACGCCUUAACUCCCUCUUCCAAGAAGCCUGUUCGCGUCUGCGAUGCAUGUUUCAAUGACUUGCAAGGCUAACAGUCAUCACAACUCCAGAGUAAUAUCACACUAACAUUAGAUUUUUAAUAAAUGUGCUUAAUAGAGGUCUUGGACUUCUCUUUGAUUUGGAUUCUGGUUGCAAUACUAGACCAAAUUAGAAUCCGUAUAUUUUGGAAUGUUAUUGAUAUCAACAAAAACUCUUCUAUUUUUGUGAGACUUGAGUUCAUCUUUCAUUAUUUUUUCCAUUUAACCCCUGGAAUAGCUUUCAUGCCAAGUUUAGAAUUAGCCAAUGAAAUGUAAAUAAACUUUGGACAGAAAAUAGCAAUGUAUUUUUUUAAAUAUAAUUUCAUUGUUCACAAACAAUGAGUACAAUUCCAUAGGUUCUUUCUCCCAAAUUAUAUSUACAAAGAUGUACAUGGAUCAUGUUAUCAUUUGUUUUUGUUGCACAAUAGCACACUAAUUGUUUUAAACAUUCUCUUUGUGGAAUCAUGCACAGAAUUAUAAAACUUUCUAUCUUUAUCAUUUAUAUAUAGGUCUGUAGCUCAGUUUUGUUGUUAUGUUAUAAAUUUACUACUUGGGUGUUUUAAAUACAGUUUGUGUUAAAAUAUGUACUAACCAUGAAUUGAAACAUAGUUUUUGUCCUAAUGAUAUGGAUUAAAUUCUCUUUAGUAGAUUUUACGAAAACCUCUAUAAAAUCAAUUUGCUACUUUAUGGUAAUCCUGGGAUAAUAUUUAGAAGAUUAGGGUUAAAUUUUCUUUUUCUUUUUUAUUUUUAAACUCCCAAUAUUUUUCAUUAAAAAUCCUAUAAAGCUUCUCACCUUCACCAUCAGUUGAAAGAUGAAUAACAGAAAUUGUAUCAUGGUCCUAUUCUAGUUUUCUCAUAAGUGGGAAGUCUUCUGAGGUUAGCUUUCAUGUUAUAUAUACCUUCAUUUUGUCUCUCAUCUUUUAGGAGUCUGAGUUUAUUUUUUAAUAGAUCUGAUUUUUUUCCUUUAUUUGAUUUUAUCUUCCCAAGCAUAGCCCAAUGUCACUGUAAUUGUUUUAUAAUUUUGCAUCUUAAAGCUAGAAAAUGGUAUUGCUAUGGUCUUUGCCAUGAAAACAAAAUACAAAAUGAUAAGAAAGUAUUAAAUAUUCUACUUCACAUUUUCUUCUUACCUAUUGGAAGAAUUUUUAAAAGUUGUAAAAUUUACUUCAAAUGCUUUUGAAUUGGGAUCCAUAUUAACUUGGAAAUCUUUUUAACUUUGAAAAAAUAAUGCUUGGAAAUUACCUCUAAGUACAGCUAGAGAAUAGAGUAUCACCUAAAACAAAUAUAUUUAGUAACCUCAAUGCUAUGAUAACAUGUGAAACAGAAUUACCACACACUUUAAGGGUAACUAAGAAUUAACCCUCUGUUUGCUGAACAAUGGAAUUGAACUUUAUUUUUUCAUUUGUCUUGUUAAUUUAGAAAACUGGAAAGCAUCUGGAAACCGAAGUCACAAAUAUUAGUUUAUUAAUUAUCUUUCUAGAGAAGAAAUGUAAAGUCAUAACAUUUAUUCAGUUGGAGUCAUUUAAUAACUGUAACAGCUAAGGAUGAGAGUUAAUAUUUCAUUUACCACAAAUAAUUUAUAAGAUGCACUUGCUUUCAUAUAUCAUUCUGAAAUGAAAUUAUGUUUAUGUCUUACCUACACAUAUAUAAAUAAAGAGAUUGUCACAUAUUCAUUUAAUUACUAAAAAGAAUUUAUAGAAAUCCUGUUGUCAGCCAGUAGCUAGCUAUUAAGGACAUUGGUUAAAUCCAUGAACUUGUAUAAACAUAUCCUUGAGCAUCUAUAAUGAAGAAAUAAAUACUAUGGUUCUUUAUGAAAAAUAAUAGUUGGGAUAAUAUAAACUGAAUGACUUAUACAUUUUAAAUACUAAAAUUCUUUCAAAAUUAUCUUAAUUCUAUACAUUUACAUGUAAGUAACACUGUAUAUGUUGGAAAAACAGAUAUUCACAAUACAGUUGUGAGUUGUUUGUUUUUGUAGUUGUUUUAAGAUAAUAAAACUUCAUAAGUGUUUUUUUUUAAAGAUAGUAAAACUUCAUGAGAAAUGAGAAUGCUGGAUUAGAAUGUCAACUUCAUCAAAUUGGACACACUACAGACUUCUCUGGGUCUUCCACCCCCACUCACCCACACAUAUUCACAAUUGUAGGGACAGCAAAUAAAACAAUGUGUGUUUGAGUGACUUUUCUGKUUUUUUUUCCUAAUUAUUCUCAUUUGAUAGGUCUCAAUAAUUUACCUAUUUAGGCUAUUAUACUGAUAAUMUAAAUGAAACCAAACAUUCUUGCUAUUAACUCAGCAGUUUAAUGUAUUUUAGAAAUAAAAAGGGUUUUCCCCCCUUUUAAUUAAAAAGUCCUUUUCUGAGUUCUUGUUGGCUAUGUACAUUUUAGAUGUUUGCUGGUACUAUUAUUUUUUUCAGUACAUUGGAGCUGGCAAAUGCAGGGUCUCAUUUCUUGGUUCUAAUGCCAAACAUGUUGGCAUCGAGUGUUAGUAAAUUGCAAACUACAGAAUUGUGAGUUAAAAUCAAGUCUUGCUGGCUUAGUGUGUAAUAAAUUAUACUGACAGAAUUCUUUUAAUAGAAAGAAGGCAAAGUUGCUGGUAUAGGAUUUGUUAAU